AUGGCGGGUGGAGUGCACCCACUCUACCACCCACCACGCUACCACCCACCACACUACCACCCACCUCGCUACCACCCACCACUCUACCACCCACCACGCUACCACCCACCACACUACCACCCACCUCGCUACCACCCACCACGGUACCACCCACCUCGCUCUACCGCCCACCUCGCUGUACCACCCACCACGCUGUACCACCCACCACGCUCUACCGCCCACCUCGCUCUACCGCCCACCUCGCUCUACCGCCCACCUCGCUCUACCGCUCACCACGCUCUACCACCCACCACACUCUACCGCCCACCUCGCUCUACCACUCACCACGCUCUACCGCUCACCUCGCUCUACCGCCCACCUCGCUCGCCCACCUCGCUCUACUGCCCACCACGCUCUGCCACUCACAAUGCUCUUCCCUCUACCCCCCACCACGCUCUACCACCCACCUCGCUGUACCACUCACCACGCUCUACCACCCACCACACUCUACUGCCCACCUCGCUCUACCGCCCACCAUGCUCUACCGCCCACCUCGCUCUACUGCCCACCACGCUCUGCCACUCACAAUGCUCUACCAUCUACCACCCACCACGCUCUACCACCCACCUCGCUCUACCACCCACCACGCUCUACCGCCCAUCACGUUCUACCGCCCACCACACUUGUGACGAGAGCCCAGCCCUCUGCCCCUCUGGGGUCGUGGCCCCCCCUGGGGAUGACGUGAAGCGGGAGCUUCAUCGAGGUGGCUCCUCGAGGCCCCCCUUCAGGCAGGAAGUGAACGUGGGAGCUUUGGUGCAGCUGGCGCCGAGGUCCUCACAGCAAGUUCCUCAUGAAGGCGUCAGCUCCCUUACCCGCGUCGUGUGGGAGCCCACGGGCGACGGGACGCGAGUCGUCUCCCUGGCGGACAACCACCUUCUGCUGUGGGACCUGCAGGCGAGCUCCAGCCGGGCCCUGCUGGCCAGCUCGGCGUCGCUGGAAGGCAAGGGGCAGCUGAGGUUCACCUCGGGACGCUGGAGCCCGCAUCACAACUGCACCCAGGUGGCCACGGCCAACGACACCGCCGUCCGAGGCUGGGACACGCGGAGCAUGAGGCAGAUCUACUGCAUGGAGAACGCCCACGGGCAGCUGGUGCGGGACCUGGACUUCAACCCCAACAAGCAGUACUACCUGGCAACCUGCGGGGACGACUGCAAGGUCAAGUUCUGGGACACGCGCAACGUCACGGAGCCCGUGAGGAGCCUGGAGGAGCACUCGCACUGGGUGUGGAACGUCCGCUAUAACCACUCGCACGACCAGCUGGUCCUCACGGGCAGCAGCGACAGCAGGGUCAUCCUCUCCAACAUGGUGUCCAUCUCCUCCGAGCCCUUCGGCCACCUGGUGGACGACGACGACCUGAGCGACCAGGAGGAGCGCCGCCCGGAGGACAAGAGUCAGGAGCCCCCGCAGGACGGCGUCAUCGCCACGUACGAGGAGCACGAGGACAGCGUGUACGCCGUGGACUGGUCCUCCGCCGACCCCUGGCUCUUUGCGUCCCUGAGUUACGACGGGCGGCUCGUGAUCAACAGGGUCCCCCGGGCGCUGAAGUACCACAUUCUGCUCUGACGUCCGGGUCACUGGGGACCCGCGCCGCGACGCAGCGUCUGUAACAGCGAGGGCUCCACGGCACCGCCGCCCCGUCUCUCUGCCCCUUCUCUCCUUCAGGGACGGUGCGGCUUGUUUCACUUCAAAAAUAACCUUCAUUUCCGUGAUGUUAACUCGUCUUUCUCUUGAGAUUAAAAAUGAAAUAAACACACGAGGCCGUCUCG